AUGCGGCCACCAGAAGAAACCCCCAAUGGUCCUCUCCAUUCAUCAGGAUCGACCUUUACUGUGCUUGUCUUCAGCAAGACCCAGGGCUAUCGUCAUUCCUCCAUCUCGGCAGGAGUUCUAGCAUUGGAGGAACUCGCCAAGGCCUCAGAGAGCUCGCUCAUCCCCUUCCACAUACAUGCUACCGAAGACGCCAUCGUCUUUAACCCGGUGGCCCAAAACUACCCCGGCCCAAAACCCCCCCCUUUGACUUACCGCGUCAUCGUGUUUCUCCAGUCGUCAGGAGAGUUCCUCGACAACGAAGCGCAGCUGAGUGCUCUGGAAGGGUUUGUCCAAGGCGGAGGUGGGGUCGUUGGUAUUCAUUGCGCGUCGACUGGCCUUCCCUCCUCCACGUUCUAUGGCAGCCUGAUCGGGGCUGUCUUCACAGACCACCCUGACCCACAGAAGGGAACGGUGGUCGUUGAGGCGCCCAGUCACCCCAUUCUCUCAGGGACCGCUGUGCCCGAAUCGACAGUGAAGAGGGCUGUGGCAGUGUCGACUCCAGGGAAUCUCACAGCAAAGGACAAUGUCGCCACCCAAUUUGAAUGGUUUGACGAAUGGUACAACUUCAAAGCCAACCCGAGAGCCGCUGGGGCGCAUGUCUUGUUGACUGUCAAGGAGGCAACCUAUAAGGGUGGCACAAUGGGAGAAGAUCACCCUGUGGCCUGGUGUCAGGAUCGGCAAGAUUCGCGGUCCUUCUACACUGCUCUGGGACACUUUGAUGAUGCAUACAGAGACCCGCGGUUCAUGAGAAUAAUAAGGAAUGCUAUUAUGUGGACGGCCAGGGUCUCCAUCUAA